GCUCCGCGUAUUUUCAUUAAAAAUUAUUAAUAAAUCGCCGAGUGGCAAAUUUUUGGUACGGGCUACCAGAACGCGCGACGCUGCGUAGCAAAAACCGGUCGGCGACUACGCACAAUUUUGAGGUACACUGGUUUUCUAUAAGUUAGGUUAGGUUAGAACAGAUUAACUGAUAAGUCAGCUGCUCGGCUGUCAAAACAUUAGUUUUUGUAUAUUAUCUAUAUCAUCAUAGAACAUGCUAAACAUGAUAUUAUCACAGAAAAAAAAUAUUUUGCCAUGAUAGGUACUGUUAACAUCUUUGAAUUUGUAUUUUUAUGCUAUUAAAUAUUUUUUGUGAUAAAUAAAAAUAAUUCGUACAUCACUCAUUACCUAGCUGUUGAACAACGGUCAUUCUGCUUAGUACUUAUUAUAAUAAAUAUAAGGAGGUAACUGUUGACUAGUGAUUACUAAUUAACCAUUGUCCAUUCGUAAAUCUGAAAUCAUAAAUCAUGAAUGAAAGUGAUGAAUCUAAAAGGUCCAAGAGAAAUGGCAGUAUGAGUAUACUAUCUUAUUUUUGUAAAAAACCUAGAAACAAUGAAUGUGUUGAAUCGGAUAAUAAUAGUUGCUCUACAAUUUCAAAUAAAUUAGCAAUUGAAGUAAAUCAAGUAACUGAUCCAUGUAAAGUCAUAUUAGUCAAUAAUACUGUGACAGAUUUUUCUUCAGUUUCUCAGCAGGUAAUAUUUCUUUAAUAAAAUAAAAAUAGUUUUAUUGAUAUUAAUGCCAAUUUGCCCAAUUUUUCACGCUCCUCACUCCAUAGAUUAUUACAUUUUAUGGAAUUCGAAUUUGUUAAACGUGGUCGAAAUAGCGCAAUGAUUGAGCGAAAAGAAAUUGUUGUUUGGCGAAGAAAUUAUUUAUUGGAUAUUCGGCAAUAUCGUAUGGAGGGUCGCCCAAUAUACUAUUUGGACGAAACUUGGGUAAAUGCUGGUGACGUACCGAAUAAAAUAUGGUGCGAUAAAUCUAUUAAAUCUGCGAGAGAUGCGACAAAUAAAGGUCUUACAACGGGAGCAGUAAAUCCUAGUGGAAAGGGGAAACGCCUGAUAGUUUGCCAUAUAGGAUCGGAAGAUGGAUUUGUUUCUGACAGUCUUCUGUGCUUUGAGUCUAGGAAAAACACUCAAGACUAUCACGAUGAAAUGAAUGGCGAUUGUUUCCGUGAAUGGUUGGAAGGUGUUUUACCUAGACUCAAAGAUAACGCAGUGAUUGUCAUGGAUAACGCUCCGUACCAUUCAGUGAAACAAGACAAAUGCCCAACGACAAAUACCAAAAAACAAAAAAUUAUCGAAUGGCUCGAGAGUAAAGGAGAGGUUAUUAGUAGACCAAUGGUUAUUCCAGAGCUACUUACCAUUGUGGACAGGCUGAGACCCUUGUACAAUAAAUAUGUCAUUGAUGAACUAGUCAAAAAACAAAACAAAACAAUUCUUCGAUUGCCACCUUACCACUGCGAGCUCAAUCCUAUUGAGCUCGCAUGGUCAAUUGUAAAAAACCAUGUGAGGAUGAAUAACAAAACAUUUAAGCUCAACGACGUAAAACAAUUAUUAAUAGAAGGUGUAGAAAGAGUUGAUGCCGACAUGUGGAAAAACUUCAUUAAACAUACAAUAGAAGAGGAGGAAAAAUUGUUUAAGAUGGACUUUGUGGUGGAUGAAUUGAUGGCUGAAAAAGAACCAUGUGUUUUAAAUGUUGAAAGUGAUGAUGAUGACUCGGACGAUUUUAACGACGUUGUACCUCUACCAUAA